GCGCCGCUGCCCGCCGCUCGAGCGGGCCCGCGCUGCCGCCGAGCCCUGCCAAACGCCACGAGCCCUGGGAGCCUCUGCCAAACGAGCCCUGGGAUCGAGCACGAGCGCCUCGUCAUUCUCGCCGCCGCACACCGUCGUUCUGGCGGACGAGAAAUUUCCCGGCGUACCAUCCUUCCUCAGCGCUCUGUAGCAAGCAUGCUCGCAUGCAUUGGUUAAUUCAAGCGGCAAAUGAUGGCUCUCAUCUCCUCUUCUGUUUUCUCUCGUGCCGUGCUGUGUGUUGUUGGUGGGUUUAAUUUGAGGCGUCGUCGUCGCUGCUGCAGACGGACAAGGCAUCACUGCUGGCCGAUCGAGCACGUCAAGGAGCUGUAGCGGCAGACGUCGGCGGUGCUGGGCGCCGCGGGGGAGGCGGCCGUGGCGCGGCAGCACCUGCUUCUGCCGACGAGCUGGCGGUGGACGCAGAGAAGGACGGCGAGACCUGUUUUAACGCCGUGACGAAGGAGUACAAAGCGGCAAAGCCCCGCCAGAAAACACAGCCCGGCGGUGGGGGCGGGCGCCUGCCAUUGCCAGCCGAGCCCACCACUCCGCGCGGCGCAGCCGCAAGACGACACAGGGGCGACGAGGUGACCGCCCGGUGUCACCCUGUCACGUACGCUCUGAGCCCGACCGGUCACAGCCGCUGCGCCGCGGCCCCCGCGCGCACAGCGCCGAGACGGCGCGCGCCUGCCCAUCCGCGUCCGUGCUGCUGCCGGCUGCCGCUGACCGCCGGCCGGCGCUCAGCGCUCAGCAGCUCAAGAAAAGAACUGCGCCUUCCGACGGACGUCGCAGCCUUACCCGAACCACCAGCCGGCCUCUCCCUCCUCGCCGCUUUCAAACGCGGACGCGAGCGGUUUCCCAGGCGAGGGGAACGAAAGGGACGCCACGUCGUUUCGAAAAUCAUGGCGUCCGAGGCAACGGUCGCCUACGCCUCGCAGCGGUCACCAGCAAGUGCCACGCUCGAGCACACUGACGCCCGCACAAGGGCUUGCGCCCCAUCUCGACUCAUCUUGACCCCUCUUUUGUCCGGCGCGUGCAUGGGCCUCCCCCUCUUUAUAAGCGACGCAACCACAGAAACCUAGCAAGUGUCACGGUCACGCUCGCGCGAGAAGCUCUGCCGUUGCGCUUCCUUUGGCGCGACGGGGGUGCGCGGUGGAGAUGGCGGCGGCCGUGCCGUGGGCGCUCGCCGUGAGGAGGUCGCUGCAGGAGGGCGCCGCCAGCGCGACGUCGUACACGCGGCGAGCCCCGCACCAGCAGCAGCAGCAGGGGGCGGCCACGGUGAGGUCGGUCGAGACGCUGGUGGUGAUCGUGGCGGCGAUCGUGCUCGCCGCGGUGCUGGCGGGCGUCCUCGCGCGGGUGUGCGGCGGGCGGUACGUCGUGCCCAGCGGGGACGACCGCGACGUCGAGGGCUGGGUCGAGAGGCGGUGCCGGAGCUGCCUCGACAGCGGGCUGCCGCCAACGCCGGCGCCGGGGUCGUCAAAGACGAGUGAUGCCAAAUAGUGCUCUGGCGCAUUGUGUUACUGCAGUACUAGUACAGUAAUACUAGCGUCUGUGUAGGCAUUGCUGCAGGCUGCUGCAAUGCAAAGUUCGUGUGUAAUUAAAACAGCUGGACAU